AUGGAUCGAGAUUCGCACGCUGGAUUGGUGGCGAUUGUUGAACCCUCUGUCUCUACGGAUGUUCGGAUCCUCUUCCAGGCGACCGCUGAAGGUCAUCGCCGAAUGGGCUUGGGGCGGCUGCUGACCCGGAUCAUCCAGGAGGCCGCGGUGGCGGCCAACCACCAGUACGUAGCGGUCUCCGUGGUCGAUAAGGCUGUGAUGGAGUAUUGGCAUCAGAGGCUGGGCUUCCAAGGGGAACCAUAUUUUAAAAAGGCAGGCCGCGGGGCAGAAGCGUGUUUCAAGGCCAUCGAAGCCGAGUGUCAGCGGAACCUGGCGGCCCGCGUGCUCGUCCAUCCGGCCGUGAACGAGGACGCCGCAAAAACCAUGGUUCUACAGGCGGUUCAGACGCUCCAUUACGGGAGACUCGUAAUGGCGGUGCGGAGUGAGGAUGAGAAUGGUGCAGCGAGUACGGCAGCCCUCCCGAAAGAGGUGGGAGAGCCGGAGAUGGCAGUAGUGCAGGUACCACAACCGCCGGUAGAGGCACUACUGCGAGCAUCGGAGAUGUCACCGCCGCCGCCGCCGCUAGCAGCGGAGGUGUCGCCACCGCCACCGCAGCCAGCAGCGGAGGUGUCACCGCCGCCGCCGCCGCCAGCAGCAGAGGUGUCACCAAAACCGCCGCCGCCAGCAGCGGAGGUGUCACCACCGCCACCGCCGCCAGCAGCGGAGGUGUCACCGCCGCCGCCGCCGCCAGCAGCAGAGGUGUCACCAAAACCGCCGCCGCCGCCAGCAGCGGUGGUGUCGCCUUCGCCGCCGCUAGCAGCGGAGGUAUCACCACCGCCGCCGCCGCCAGCAGCGGAGGUGUCGCCACAACCGCCGCCGCCAGCAGCGGAGGUGUCACCACCGCCGCCGCCGCCAGCAGCGGAGGUGUCACCACCGCCGCCGCCGCCAGCAGCGGAGGUGUCACCGCCGCCGCCGCCGCCAGCAGCGGUGGUGUCGCCUUCGCCGCCGCCGCCAGCAGCGGCGGUGUCACCACCGCCGCCGCCGCCAGCAGCGGAGUUUUGGUUGUGGUGCGACCAUAACAUGAUGGUCAAUGUGAUGCAAAGGAUAGGGUUCCCCGGCCCCUACGGACCCCUGGGAGACAGCCGCAGCACCUCGUCCCCAUCAUCAUCAUCAUCAUUCUGGGUGCGCUCCGGAACCCGCCUGCCUGGGCCUGGAAACCACCACUACUACCACUACCACCACAACCACCACCAUCAUUCCGCGGGACUGCUACUGGUACUGCUACUGCUGCCAGUGGUGCCGGCAACUACUGCUACAGCAGCGGUACUACUGAUAGAGACAAAUGCAGCCCCACCCUGGCCUGGCAGCACCUGCCGGGUUUCAGAGCUCGGGUUGGGUUCGAAAGCGGCGGGCUCUUGCUUCGACUCUGAGGUGGUCGCAGCGUCCAUGCUCGCGGGGGGUUGUUGCCUGGGGUCCUCAGGCGGGGUGUGA